AGGGCAGAGAGUGAUGGAGGGAUCUGUAUCGCAGCCAAAGAACCAACAAUCGGCACGACUUGGCGUUCACUCUGCCUCUUCUAUAGGGAACACCGAAUAAAAACGCUCAGGAGCGCGGCUGGAAAAUACGGACCGCCGCUCCUGAAAAGGGAAAUGUCUAACAGAUGAUUGGCCCCGUGCCCGCCCGUUCCACUUAUGCUGCGCGCUCCCGGGCGCAAGUUAACGCAGCUCCUCUGACCAAAACCAGACACACACACACACACACAAACCACCGGGGAAGCAUUGCUGCUGGGACAGGACGAGACUGAUCCUGACCAAAAAAAGCUGCUGCUGUUUAUUCCGAGGAAUGGGGCGACGCUGCUCGUGUCCACUGACGAUAACAAGCCCAGUUCAAAGCAAACACUGCAACGUCGCACCGUCUGCCGGUGAGGUCACUGUGGCACAAAGCAGAGCGACCUGCGCGGACACGCAGCGGAGAUUCCGUCACAUCACAGCGGCUUUGUUCGCGCGCUGAUUGAUUGCUUGGCUUUGGAUGAUACAUUUUCCGUCGAACCCUAUCGAUUAUUGUAAGCCAGCGAGCCUCGCUCUGAUGGAUCGUGGAUAAGUAGUUAUUGAUGAACCCAGCGGGACUACAGAAGCUGAACCCAGAGGAGAAAACAAGAGCGCGUCCAUAACGACACAUCUGAUUACGCUUCAUAUAUAUAACAACACAUCUUUGACUUAGCCAUCACCAUAGUUCAAGAACUGAGGUGAAACCAUGGCUUUGGUCUUAUCAAUGAACCCCUUUUGCGAACCUGAAGCUGAAGCACUGCCGUCACUCUACCAGCCGAUCUGGGAAUCUGAACACUGCAGUAAAAGCUGUGUCUCCACCCCCUCACCACCAGGGGGCGACACCCAAGGGCUCAGAGAAGAGCCCCAUUACAGACGAGCUCCUGAUCAUGUGAUGGAUCGUGUAGCCAUGUCACGGAUCUCUUAUUUCAAGAGGAAGUUUGUGGAGGAUGAAGAACCUGUACUGAGCUUCAGGAGUUACUGUCACACUCAGGUGUCACCAGUCCUGGAGGAGCGUGCUCACAUUCUCCGUCUCUCUCUCGAGAAGCUCCGUUUCAUGGAUGACCCUGAGUCCUUUUUGCGGAGGUCUGUGCUCAUAAACAACCUUCUCCGGCGUCUCAGAAAUGAAAUCCUCCUCCAGAGCGACUGGUGUUUCCCAACGGGUCAGACAACCAUACCUUGUCCCCUCCAAACCCCAGCCAUGAAUACACCACUCCCCCCUCCUGCCCUGCAGCCCUGCAUGACACCGCCCGGGCCGUAUCGCAAACGCCUGCGUCUGUUGAGGAGGGAAGGGCAGGAGUGCGUCCCAGCCUGCUGCUGUUUAUACGCAGCCGGCCGUUACCUACAGCUCCCUCUGUCUGUGUACGAACGGGAUGUAUACUCCAACUCUCACCCUUCUUCAUCAUCAUCAUCAUCAUCAUCAUCAUCAUCAUCAACAUCAGUUAGAUUUCCACAGCUGCUGGAGGAGGAUGAGGAUGAGGAGGAGGACAGUGAUGAAGAAGAGGACUCUGUGUAUCCUAUGGUGGCUCUGUGUCAAACAGAAACCAGAGAGCAGAACAGGACGUGGGAUGGUCUCCGGCCACAGAGCCACAGGGAUGACAAGACCCUGGAGAAAAAGAGAGAAAAAGGGAAAGAGAGGGUUAGAGGAGGGGAGGUUUCACAGCGGUGGCUUUCAGAUGCAAUAGGUGCUGGACACCAUGGGGCCCUCGCUAGGGCUCACGUGAGGGGAAAAUAACAAAUGAACACUUGCUGUGGAAACAAAAGAAGAAACUGGUUUCCAGCAGUCUUAUAGAUCAAUUAUACAAACCAGAAUAUCAAUGGUCAAUGAUUUUAGAAUUUUUAUGAACUUUUUGUACUUCUGGAUUACACAACACCACAAAUCAAAAGGGACAGCAAACUCACAUAUUGCUCCGUCUCUUGUGAAAACUACCAUACUGUGCCUUAAAGGGUUAGUUCACCCAAAAAUGAAAAUUAUCCCACAAUUUACUCACUCUCAAGCCAUUCUACGUGUAUAUGACUUUCUUCUUUCAGUCAAACACAAUAUAUAUUAGUCAAAUACAGAGAUAUAUUAAAAAAUAUUCUGGCUCUUCCAAGCUUUAUAAUGUGAGAGAAUAGUAACCAAUAUUUUGAAGCCUAAAAAAGCGCAUCCAUCCAUCAUAAACGUAAUCCAAUAAAGGCAAUGGAUUUUUGUAAGAAAAAUGUCCAUAUUUAUAACUUUAUAGACUGUAAUCCCUAGCUUCCAGUAACAUAUGUACGCGCGUUCACAAGACAGUCGAGUUCCGGUGUAUGACGUAAGGAUGUAGGAGUAGUGUAAGCUUAGGUAGUGUAGUACUGUUACAAGUGUAAGCCUAGAGAGUAGAUGCCUCUUGCGGUUCAAAAAAAAAAAAGGGCUGUGCAACAAACUCAAGCUCCUCCGACUUUUCUCUUUAAAAAUUCUUGUUUUAGACUUAUGAUUCGUGACCGGUGAUUUGUUUUGCUAUAUCCUUCCACAUUCGUCAAUAUGUCACACGCCAGGUCAAAGUUCACUCUUCUGCAGGAAUCGACUCGCGUACAGAAGCCAGUAAAUCAAGUUUAUAAAGUUAUAAAUAUGGAUAUUUUUCUUACAAAAAUGCAUCGCUUCGCUGCAGAAGGCCUUUAUUAACCUCUUGGAGCCGUAUGGAUUACUUUUAUGAUGGAUGAAUGUGCUUUUUUGGGCUUCAAAAUAUUGGUUACUAUUCACUCCCGUUAUAAAGCUUGGAAGAGCAAGAAUAUUUUUUAAUAUAUCUCUGAUUGUGUUUGACUGAAAGAAGAAAGUCAUAUACACCUAGGAUGGCUUGAGGGUGAGUAAAUUAUGGGAUAAUUUUCAUUUUGGGGUGAACUAUCCCUUUAAAUGUUCUUGUUUAAUCUUUUGCUGUGUUUGUGGAUAUUUGUGACUGAACCACAGAGACAGACACCAUAUGAAGUGAAAAAGAAAGAUUCAGAAUUAGUAAAAAAAAAAAAAAAAAAAAGAAAAGAAAAAUAAUAAUAAUACAAUUUUCGAAAUUAUUUUUUGUUAAUAUCAUAGGCACUUGAGAAAUGCAUGACAUGGGUUGCUCUCCAUGAUGAUCAUCAAGUUUACAUGCAGUGGAUUUUAGCCAGAAUGCAUGAGGCCCUGAAGGUGGCCAUAAUUUUUAGAACAUCAUCAUAUUCAUAAUAGAUCAUAUUCCCUAUAGCACCCUUAACAUUUCAGACAUUUACAUAUUCAGGAGACAAAAACAUCCUAAUUGACACUAUCACAGAUACAGAUACCUCAGUGUCCAUGUUAAUCUGUUGUCUUGAGGUUCACUGAUUCAAGUGAUUCUUGGUACGAAUGAGAGAAUCUUCAUUCACUAUCAAAGUUUUUAUUUUCAUGCACUUUUUUUAUAUUGGUUGUUUAUGCAUUUUAUCUACAUUUAUUUUUUAAUUCUAAAAACACAUAAUGGGAGACCCUCAGACAAGAGCCGAACUUAUACUGGCAACAAUGCUGGUAGGAAAUAAAAUCAAAUUUUAAACAUUGUUCGGGUUUGAAUGUGUGUGUUUUUUUGUGAAAUGUAUUAAGAAUAAAGGAAUGAUCCCGAGCCCACAA